AUGCCGGACGAUGCAGGCGAUAGCCUGAAGGUUGCAAAGCCUAAACGCCUUGAUGAGUUAAUAACUUCGGGAUGGUACUACUUCCGCAUCAGUUUGCUCCUGGAGCUCUCGGUAUUCAUGCAGACCGCAUACAUGUUUUACAUGCAGUAUUCUGGUGCUACCCCAAAAGUGAACUGCGCCGGCGUCACGAUGGAAUGCAAAAAUUUUGCGAAUUGCACAGCUACCACUAGCAACUACACUUUCGAUUAUCAAUUCUACUCAGUGAAUGUGGAUUGGGGUUAUGAAUGCGAUGAAGCCGUGAAGAAAUCGAUCAGUUACCAUAUGCUCGGAGUGCUGGUCGGGUCGUUUAUGUUUGGGCAAUUUGGAGAGACCUAUGGACGCAAGAAGGCUCUACUUGCCGCAAAGAUUGUGACUGCCGCUUCAUUCCUGUUGACACCUUUUGCCUGGAAUCUGCUGACCUUGACGAUCAUCCGAGUUAUUGGCGGCUUUUUCAUUGGGGGCCAGAUUGUGCUUGCCCUUGUGAUGUUCAUCGAAAAUUCGCCAAAAGCCUCGCGGAUGUGGGUGUCCUUGAUGCUGUCUUGGUCACCAAAUAUCAUGCUCUAUGCAGGACUUGCGUAUUGGGCCCAUGACUGGAAAACAUUGAGUUAUGCCAUCGCCGUCAUCGCCAUUCCCGGGAUCAUCCAUUUAGCGUUCUUCGUCUUCGAAUCACCACGCUGGCUGCUACAAAAGGGACGUAUUGAUGAAGCCAAAGCAGUCAUUCACAAGAUCUAUAAAAUUAACGGCAGCGAUAUCGAUGAAGAAACUGUCAAUGCUGUUUUCGAAAACGAGCUGGCUGCACGAAAAUCGAAGGCCAACAAGAUGUACUCCCUUUUCGAUAUUUUGAAGUCGAAGGAACUGAUCGGCCCAGUCUUGGUACUCUGCAUGUGCUUUAACUUCACGGCGCUGAAUGCCUACGGAAUCCUAUUCAACAUUGAGAAGCUCUCCGGGUCCAUGUAUUUCAACGCAGCGCUGAAUGGGUUUUUGCGCUAUAUCUUCAACAUCAUCUUUGCUAUCGUCGAGCCAAGAGCAGCUUGGCUGGGACGUAAGGCAAUCCAUGGCAUUUGCUUGAUGAUCGUGUUGGCCGCAGUAUUGCUCGUUAUCGUCGCCAACUUCAUGGACGUUGAAUGGAUUUUAACUGCAAAACGCUAUGCAUUGAUCGGCGCCGCAGCAAUGACCUCUCAGCUGUUCCUCGUUCUCGGGGUAAUCGGCAAUGAAAUCCUCCCUACUCCCGUCCGCACCAUCGGUUAUUCCUUCCUUCAGGUUUUCAAUCGCCUUGGUGUGGCAAUGUCGCCCUUCCUUUUCAUGGUCAAUACAAUCUGGGAGCCACUGCCAUUGUUCAUCAUGCUCACCUUGGCCGCCUUGCAACUCAGCGUUUUCACACUUGCUAUCCCGGAAACCCGCGGCAAGCCGAUGCCUGAGGAGAUGCCAGGGCAGCACAAGGCCGAAGACGUUGAGCUCGUCGAGAAAAUUCAGGAA